CAGACGAUGGGCAAGAGAUAUCCCAAUUCAUGUGAAUCAUCUGAAAAAUUGUCAAUACACAAUAUUGUGCCCGUAAACACGAUACAGGUGUUGUGUGCCAGUGACUGGAUCGUAAUACAGCAACGCAAAAAUGGCAGCGAGGAGUUUUAUCGCAGUUUUAGGACGUAUAAAAACGGAUUUGGCGACUUGGAAGGCGACUUUUUCAUAGGUCUUGAAAAGCUGCACAUGUUGACGAAACAACGAACUCACGAGCUCUAUAUACAGCUGAGAGACUUUGCAGGAAAUAUACGAUAUGCUCACUACGAUAAUUUUCAAAUAGUCAGCCAGAACGAAGACUACGUGCUCCGUUCGCUGGGUAAAUAUAGAGGAAAUGCCACUGACGCAAUGCGUAAGGACGAAGGUCAUUCAAUUUUCACCCACGACAGCGAUAAUUGUCAAAAUUGUGCAAAUGAACGUGCUGGUGGCUGGUGGUACAGCAGCCGUUGCGGUUACAAUAAUUUUAUUGGCGUACCCAGCCAUGAUGCCAUGGAUGGCCUAUUCUGCCAUGGUUGGGAUGGCUAUUACUCCAAUUUAAAAGUCGUUCAAAUUAAGAUACGGCCGAAGACCUAAAUUAAUUACUCUCUUUAAGUUAGAGAGUGAGUCUACCUGCGACAGCAGCACCCGCAUCAAUCAAACUCAAUAUUUAAAACAAUCAAAUAUUUACACAAACUGAAUUUAUGAGUCACAGCUGGCUAUAAAAAGAGCCAAGCAACUAUUCGCGUUUGGCAUCAAAUCGAAUUACUGUAGUUGUGUUUUCCAUUUUUCUGAAAUAAAAUAAAAAUACUUUUAGAGCAAUACGAAAUA